UCGAAUUCUUAUCUAGCUGAAAUGUAGCACAAUUUGAAAAAAUGUAGACUUGCAACAAUUUUUUUGGAACUUUUAGAACACUUAAAAUGGAAUACUCGUGACGCUCCCCUUCCCCUCGCGCACCAUCAGAUUUUAUACUUACAUUUGUUCAGUUGUGUGAUGGACUGGAAGUCGAAAAGCACCAGACUAACGAAUCCGAGGAAGAAAGCGAACGCAUUUUGCGUUCCCACAUUUCUCUUUACACUACCGAUCUUCUUCAAAGGAUGGCGAAAGGAGUUGACAGAAGCAGACGUUUACGAGCCACUAUCCGGUCACCGUGCUCGAUUGCUCGGUGAACAAUUGGAGCAGCUAUGGAGAGAGGAGGUUGAGAAAUGUAAAAAACCGAAAGCGACGCCGACGCUCCUAAAUCCGCUAAUACGGGCCUUUUGGUUUGAAGGCUUCGUGAAUGGAUUGAUAUUGAUGGUGCUUGAAGUGAUUGUCAAGCCUCUACAAUGCGUUCUGAUAGGCCGACUUAUUACCGUCGUCUCCUCCGUGGACAACGUGGGGAAACAAGAAUUGUAUAUGUAUGGUGUAGGUGUGGCUUGUUGUUCGCUGAUAUCUUCCAGCUUAAUUCACCCGUACAUGCUGGCAGCACAUAAUCUGGGUUUGAAGCUGAGGAUCGCGUGCAUCUCUUUAGUUUAUCGAAAGAUACUGAGACUAAAACUUAGCGCUUUCGAAGGGAUGAGUUCUGGUAAAAUUCUCACGCUAGUUACAAACGAUUCGAAUCGCUUCUACGAGAUUCCUUUACUGAUGCACUACACCUGGGUGGCGGUGCUUCAAAUCGCGGUAGUUGGAUGGUUCCUAUACGAAGAGUUUGGGAUUUCGUCGCUAAUUGGUGUUUUCUUUAUAAUUUCAUUCGUUGGGCUGUAUUUCCUUUUGGGAACAAUUUCGAAACGGUUACGUUCGAAAAUACUCAAGAAAACAGAUGAAAGGGUACGCGUGACGAAGGAGAUCAUCUACGGCAUACAAGUGAUCAAAAUGUACAAGUGGGAAGGCUAUUUUUCGAAUUUGGUGUCUGAAUGUCGCAGAUUGGAAAUCAGAUUCACGCGUAUUUCUUCUUACGUAAAAGGAAUGUGUGCGAGUUUCCAACUUUUUGUACAACGCACGUCGGUUUUUGCAACAAUUUUGGCCUUUGUGCUCUUAGGAAACGAUAUAACAGCGGCGAAAGCAUUUCAAUUAGUAUCUUUUUACGCUAUCCUGCGAGCCCCUAUCGUAUGCUUCCUGCCAAAGGCAAUUCAUGUGAUAAUGGAGUCCGUAAUUCCACUGGAAAGGUUAAACGCGUUUCUUCGCUGCGAUGAAACCGAGAAGGAUUCACCCGCUCGCCCAGACGAAAGUGGAAACGCAAUUAUACUCCGCUCCGUUUUUGUGCAGAAAGCUUCCAUCAAGCUCCUUUCUGACAUUAAUGUCAGUAUAGGACGCGGCCACUUAGUGAUUGUUGUCGGGCCGGUCGGUUGCGGAAAAACAAGCUUGGCACACGCCAUCCUAAACGAGUUGUCUUUAAGCUCAGGAUCACUAACAGUGUCAGGAAGUGUCAGUUACGCAUCUCAAGAACCUUGGAUCUUCACCAGCAGUGUUCGACAGAAUAUCAUUUUCGACAGUAAAAUGGACAAAGAACGCUACGAGGACGUGGUGAAAGCUUGCGCUUUAAGCCGUGACCUGAAACUGUUUCCUCACCACGAUCAGACAAUCGUGGGCGAGCACGGUGCGUCAUUAAGUGGUGGACAAAAAGCGAGAAUCGGCCUGGCUAGGGCCGUUUACAGAAACGCUGACAUUUACAUUUUGGACGACCCUCUAUCGGCUGUAGACUCCCGCGUUGGAAAGUCAAUCAUCGACAACUGCUUCAAGUCACUAUUGAAGGAUAAGACUAUCAUCUUAAUUACUCACCAAGUGCAGUAUUUAAAGGCCGCCGAUGAAAUUAUUGUACUUAACAAUGGUGUGGUGACAACCCAGGGUAGCUUUUCAGACUUAGUUGCCCAAAACGUCGAUUUUAAUGAGAUACUUUGCAACGGAGAAGGUGAAACAAUCACAGAGUGCCAAACAAAUCCUCUUAAAGCCCGAACCACGAGUACCGGGUCAUUGGUGUCCAAGCAGGUAGAUGUCCCAAACACAACGGACGAGCAAAGAACCAGUGGCGCGGUUGCAAGUUCAGUCUACAAAACCUACUUCUCAGCGGGAAGCCAUUGGAGCAUCUCGUGUUUUGUGAUUGCUCUAUUUGUGAUAGUCCAAGUACUUGCAAGUGGAUCUGAUUACUUCAUCGCUUACUGGGUGAAUUUGAAUCAAGUCCAAGCCUCGUCGGCCAACAUGCCAAUUAACAUAUUCAUUUACAUUUACACAACCAUAAUCUUCGGAGUCAUAGUAUUUGUUAUUGCUGCAAUGGUCACCUUACAUAGUCUGUGCAUGGAAUCUUCAACCGGAUUACACAACGCCAUGUUUACAAGUGUUCUCGGAUCUCCAUUAAAAUUCUUCCACCUAAACCACUCUGGAAGAAUCUUGAACCGAUUUUCCAAAGACCUACAAACAAUCGAUGAAGAGCUACCACUGAUGAUGCACGAAACUGUUUUGAUGGGUCUCAUGACUAUUGGAGCAAUUGUUCUUAUUGCCGUUGUCAACUACGUUUCAUUAAUUCCAGCUGCCAUCGCUAUUGUAAUGUUGUACUAUUUGCGCAAGUUCUAUCUCGCAACAAGUAGGAACCUUAAACGCAUAGAGGCGACAACUAGGAGCCCGAUUUUGGGCUAUAUAAACGCCACGAUCCAGGGAUUAUCAACGAUACGCGCCUUUAACGCCCAGCAGGUUGUGCUAAAUGAGUUUAACUACCACCAAGAUCUGAACUCUUCCGCCUCUUACAUGUUCAUCUCAACAUCCAGAGCCUUCGGUUAUUGGACUGAUCUAUCCUGCACCAUGUUUAACACCUGUGCCAUAUUUCUUCUCCUUAUCACUGGCGAUAACUUCGGCGGAAAUAUCGGGCUAACCAUAAGUCAAAGCUUAGGAUUGAUAGGCAUUGUUCAGUUCGUGAUCCGGCAAUACGCUGAAAUGGAGAACGCCAUGACGUCGGUAGAGCGCGUUCUGGAAUACGAGGCCCUCGAACAAGAACCGGAAGAUCACUGCAUUACACCUCCGCCAAACUGGCCGGAACACGGCAAAAUCGUUUUCGACAGCAUUUCACUCCGAUACUCCCAUGAUCUUCUGAUCUUAAACGACAUCAACCUCGUAAUAAAACCAAGGGAGAAAGUCGGCAUUGUUGGGCGAACGGGGGCUGGAAAAUCGUCGUUAAUCAACGCCCUGUUUAGAUUAAGCGAGUUUUCCGGCUCGAUUACAAUCGACGGAAUCAAUACCAAGACUGUCCCACUGUGUGACUUGCGCUCCAAAAUUUCGAUUAUUCCCCAACAGCCGACCAUCUUUUCGGGAUCGGUGAGAAAUAACCUCGAUCCGUUUCAGGAAUAUUCUGACGCCAUUCUAUGGACAACUCUGGAAAAUGUCGAACUGAAAGAUACCGUCAGUAAUUUACCUUUCGGUUUAGAUUCGGUAAUUACAGAAGGUGGUCUCAAUUUUAGCAUUGGUCAACGUCAACUGAUGUGUUUGGCGCGUGCGAUGCUUAGGAACAACAAGAUUCUCGUCCUCGAUGAAGCUACGGCAAACGUGGAUCCAAAGACUGAUCUUUUGAUUCAGACGGCUGUUAGGAAGAAUUUUUCGGAUUGCACGGUUCUGACGAUUGCUCACAGAUUGGACACUGUGAUAGACUCUGAUAAGAUUUUGGUUAUAGACGGGGGGAAGGUUGUCGAAUUUGACCAUCCUCGCGUGUUGUUGCAAGAUUGUGACGGUGUCUUCUACGCCAUGGUUAACCAAACGGGUCGACGGAAUGUUUGCGAAAACGGUAAAUAAUGUUUUUUCCGUUUCUUAUAUGUACCUACCAACUUUCGCUUGUGGUAGGAUGACCCAAAAAAUUCUCCAAAAAACUAUCACUGACCUUUUUUAGUUGCAAUAAAGAAUUUUUUUAAGAAA